AUUGCUGAAAUGUUCCAGAUGUGUGAAAGUGAAACUCUUGAAGAUAGAGUGGUCGAAAUCCUGUCCAGAUUGCCUCCCGAGUCUUUAAUGCGAUUCAAAUGCAUACGCAAGUCUUGGUGCAAUCUCAUCAAUAGUCCAAGUUUUGUGGCCAAACACCUCAAUAAUUCAAUGGACAACAAACUCUCAUCCACCACUUGUAUCCUUGCCAACCGUUCUUGGGCUCACAUUUUCCCGGACAAGAGCUGGAAAGAAGAAGUUUUCUGGUCCAUGAUUAAUCUUUCCAUUGAUAGUGAUGAGCACAACCUUAAUUAUAAUGUUGAGGACCUAAAUAUACCGUUUCCAUUGGAAGAUCAUGAUUUUGUACUUAUUUUCGGUUAUUGCAAUGGCAUUGCCUGUGUGGAAGUAGGGAAUAAUAUUCUUUUAUGCAAUCCUGCAUCGAGGGAAUUCAGUAAACUUUCUGAUUCAUGCCUUCUUUUACCGCCUCCCAAGGGAAAAUUCGAAUUGGAAACGACCUUUCAAACAUUGGGAUUUGGCUACGAUUGCAAUGCUAACGAAUACAAGGUUGUGCGAAUUAUAGAAAAUUGUGAGUAUUCAGAUGAUGAGCAAACAUUUUAUCAUUGUAUUGCUCUUCCUCACACAGCUGAGGUAUACACCACGGCUGCUAACUGUUGGAGAGAGAUCAAGAUUCAUAUAUCAAGUAAUACCUAUUCUUGUUCUUCUUCAUUGUACUUGAAGGGAUUUUGUUAUUGGUAUGCAAAGGAUAGCGAGGAGUGCAUACUUUCAUUUGACUUAGGUGAUGAGACAUUUCAUAUAAUACACUUUCCUUCUAGGAGAGAAUCCGGUUUUACGUUUGAUUAUAUUUUUCUCCGAAAUGAAUCCCUUGCUUCUUUUUGCUCUCCUUACCAUCCAAGUGAGAAUUCUCAAUCAUGUGAAAUAUGGGUAAUGGAUGACUAUGACAAAGUUAAGAGUUCAUGGACAAAACUCCUAACUGUUGGGUCCUUACCCAUUAGGAAGCCAUUGAUGUUUUGGAAAAGUGACGAGCUUCUAAUGAUUGAUUCAGAUGGAAGAGUCGCCUCUUAUAAUUCAAGUACCGGAAAUCUCAAGUAUCUUCAUAUUCCUCCUACUGUCACUAGGGCUGUAGAUUUCGAAGCUCUUAUUUAUGUGAAAAGUAUUGUUCCACUCAAGUGA